CUCACGCCACGGACAUAUGCCCCUACUCUGCGCUGCCGCCAUGAUAUCGACCCUGCGAUUCAUGCAACCGGUCGCCCAUAACACUUCCACUGCCGAUGCGGCAAGUCUACUGGCACGGCCCGACGUAUGAAAUCCGCCGCGGAACCUGGUUCUAUUCGCCCGAUGGCAGCAAGUUCUUCCCGUGCGACGAGAACCUGGCCCGCCAGCUCGAGGAUGGAUACAAAAAAUUCCAGCCCUGGAAGGACAAGCCCCGGCCAGUGUCCAGCGUUCCUACAUCGCUGUCGUCCCAGGAUACGUUUUCGGACGGCAGCAAGGCUCCGCCGGCGACGGCGACAGCAUCGGAAUCAAAGUCCAAGCAGCGAUGGGCCCUGUUUGGGCCUUACAUGAACCAGUUCGUCGUCUACACCGGUGGCAGCCAGGCCUGGCUCCACUCGGACGCCUUGACCUCCAAACUGAGCCGAGCCGUCCGAAGCACUCUGAUUGGCGGUGUCGGCGGCACCCGUCUGGUUCGUGGCUGGUCCGAAGUCGAGAAGCUCAAGACCAAGCCCUCGGCGGCAACCUCUCCCAAUGCUCAGACGCCUGCGCCUCCAGUGCCACCCAAGAAGGACGAUGGCUCUGUGGCAAAGUCUCUCAAGCCCGAGCCUGGCUCGGACACGACCCCGGCGGCCCCGGUUAUUGUGGAGUCCGACGAGGUUCCUGAGGAUGAGGACCGAAGCAUCCAGCAUUUGAUUUUCGUCAUCCAUGGCAUUGGCCAGAAGCUCGGCGAGCGAGUCGAGACCGUCAAUUUUGUCGGAGAUUGCUCGAAUCUCCGACAGACUAUCAAGAACUGUGCCAAGCAGUGUUUUGCAUCGCCCAAGGACAGCCUCGGCCGUCCGGGCAGCGUCAAGAAGCCUGUUCUUCCGGGCAUGCCUGUCGGCGGCGGUGUCCAGGUCCUGCCGGUGCAAUGGCGCCACCUCAUCCAGUUUGGGCAGCGUAAAUCCAAGUCUGAUCUCGCGGCAAGGGAUGGCGACGACAGGCUUGGAGGAGAUGGCCAAGCCGGACCCGGAACCGGAACCGGCGAUGCCGAGGGAGCACAGCAGACCGACGAAGAAGAGGAACUGACGCUUGAGGAUAUCACGCUCGAUGGCGUUCCAAGCAUCCGCAUGCUUGUAUCAGACGUGAUUGUUGAUGUGCUUCUGUACAUGACCCCCAAGUAUCGACAAGAAAUGGUGUUCCGCGUAGCCGAUGAACUCAAUCGGAUGUAUCGCCUGUUUGUCUGCCGCAACCCAAAGUUUACGGGCAAGUUUUCCAUCUACGGACACUCGCUCGGUAGUCUGUUGGCCUUUGACAUUCUCAGCCACCAAGGCGUGAGCCCAGCCGUGGUCGCGGCCAACAAGAAAGUCACCCCGAUUGGCGAGCACGAAGUUGAUCUCAGCGAAAUGUUUCGUCAAAUGUCAUCUGCGGGUCAGAAGCGCAGUCUCCGUGGUCUGAUGGAGCAUGCCCCGAUCCAGUACCCAAAGCUUGAGUUUGAGGUCGACAAGCUGUUCCUGGUGGGAUCGCCCGUGGGGCUGUUCCUGCUGCUCAAGAACAACAAGUUGCGAGGCUGGGCGAAUCAAGACCAUGUGCUCGAAGACGGCAUCUCCAGACCUCUGGUCCGCGGCCUUUACAACAUCUUCCAUCCACACGAUCCGGUGGCGUAUCGCAUCGAGCCGCUUGUCGAUCCAAAGCUGGCAUCCAUCAAGCCGCACUACUUGCAGUACACCAAGGGAGGUCUCAAGGGCACGAUCGUCGGAAUCCAGGACCUCGGCAACGACAUUGUCGAUCGCGGCCGUAGUAUAUACGAAACCAUGCGAAUGGGCAUUGUCUCGACGACAGCAGGCGUCAUUGGCCUGCCGCGGAGCAUGGUGGAGCUGGUUGGGUUCAAGAGCUCGCUCACCGCUCCUGCCUCUGCGCCUUCGCCCACGCUCGUUCUUCCUCCAGCACAGCUUGGCCCGCCAGACACGGAGCCAGGGCCGCCAGCCUCAGUAAGCAACAAGCGAUCCUCGGCCAUCCUGGAUGCCGGCGCCUCGAGCGGGACUUCAGCCUCGGCCUCGGCCGGAGCAGCAGGACCAGGCCAGACCGGCUCAAAGGCAAGCGGGUCCAAGUCACAGUCGCGCGAUGCCGAAAUCCGUCUGCUCAAUCCUCGGGGACGACUGGACUAUGCUCUCCAAGAAGGCGUGCUCGAGAACGCAUAUCUGGCUGCCCUGGGUGUCCACAUGAACUACUGGAGCGACACCGAUGUUGCGCUGUUCAUGCUCAAGGAGAUUUAUACGGCCGAGGACCAACCCCUGCCUGCAAGCGCCGCCGUUGUCAGCACAGGCCCGAGCGGUGCUCCUGCCGCUGCUUCCAAGAAGGAGGCACCGUCAGCCGAGACCCUGGCCCAGGACAUCUCGAGCUCGCUCUCCAAGGGCACGCUGGCUGGAUUCGGCCUGUGAAUGGCAGCGAUCGAGCGAUCGAGCGAUCGAGCGAAUGGCUGACACCAGCAGUGCUUGACCCGCAGUCCCAUCGUCCUCUCUCACCAAUACACCGACCAGUCAAGAGCA